UAUGGACAGUAACAGAACCAAUGGCAAUCCCAAGGCUUAUUCCGUCAAUCAUUUAUAUCCUCAGUCUCACCUUCCAGCUGCGGCACCACUCACGGACAAGGCAGCAAUCUGGAAACUGAGCUCCAGCACAAGUCACCGUCUUUGACUUCGCGACGCAUGUCAGGAUCUUCAUCGAAGUCUACUACAACCCUGCUUGUGACGCCUACUGGCCCUGAUUUCUCUAGCGAAGGAUCGUCGCACUUCUAUUUUUUGCCCUCAGACGCCUCAAGCAUAACGCUUUUGCCGGACUCUGCCAGUAAAACAGUAGCCUAUGGCGUGGCAGUGGAGACAAGGAUCAAGCCGUGCCUCACAGUAAUCCUGAGCAUGACAACGGACAUGUGGUGCGGCAAGGUCUCUCACCAUGACCCUCCUCUUCUGAUUGUGGGCUCCCGCAGUUCACCGGCUAAACUCGCAACUGUGACAUUGACAAGGGACAUCAUUGAUCCAAGCAAGACUUACAACUCUACUACAACGCCUGCGCUGUUGUCGCCCAAGAACAUUGCUAUCCAGGACAUGUCUGUCGGUUACGGUCAUGGAGUGAUGUGUAUAGAUGCGGACGCCAGCAGACUUAUCGUUGGGUGUACGGGUGGAUCCAUCCAGGUCAUGAAUAUGGAUCCCACCAAACAAUUCCUGCCGCCUUUAACAAACAACAACGCCCCUCCUGUUAUCACCCUGCCUCAUUUGACGCGCUCUCAAACAGACUCGACCCGGUCUAUUAGUUCAAUUCAUUUAUCGUCGCCAGACCUUAACCCAACAGCCGCAGGGGUGCGCAAGGAUAGCAGUGCGGAAUAUUUGAAGAAGACGCAAACGGCUGCGCCGGCUGAUACUGCUCGAACAACAGGCCUCCCAACACCAGAGAAUUCACCACGCAAGGCAUCUCUACCCAUCAAGAUGUCUACGGCCCCCGGUCGAGGCAUCCGGGGUAUAAGCCCACCAAGAACUGGGGCACAACAAGGCAAACGGUCAAUGACGCCUCCGACUGAUCAUGAGGAGCAAGAGGUCUUGGCUGACUGUGACGAGGAUGAGAUGAGAAGCCUUGACUAUAGAGUGAGUCCGAGGUCAGACAGCCUGAUUCAAGAAGGAUUUCAUAGGGAUGGCAGGACGACUGUUGCGACAACAUUUGGCACUAGCUCCAGGAAGAGAUCUCCGCCUUUGCCUUCUCCGGCGCAAUAGUCCCUUUCGGGUACAAGGCCAAAACAGGCCAGUCCACCUCGCAGACACUUUCGAGUCUCUCAAAGUAUAUCCCCUCCUCUCCCACCAAAUUUAUUAUGCGACGACGCGAGACCAACUCAUCAAACUGGGCUGAUCAGGUCACCGGUACGACUAUGACUUUUACAAGCAGCAUCAAUAGCAUCCCGUCAUCUGUGAUGUCUACACCAGCAACUAAGAUCACGAAGGGUCGUAGUCGAUCUGCGCCCAACUUGCAUUUGAGCGCCAACAGUAACAGUUAAAUUAGUGGUAGCAGUAGCGAUGAGGGUGCAGGAGCAUCGAGGACGUUGUCGAAGAGUCAAUAGAAAAAAAUCGCC